AUGUCUUACCCUAACAAGAAAGUCGCUAUUGUGGGUGCCACCGGAAACAUGGGCAAACACACAAUCGACGAACUCCUCGAGUCAAACAACCACUCCAUCACUGCCCUUACCCGCAAAGGCCGCGAUCUAUCUCUCCCUUCUACCGUCACUGUCAUCGAAGUAGACUACACAUCCAUCGAAGCCUUAACAAUCGCCCUCCGAGGCCAAGAUUUCCUCAUGAUCACCCUCUCCGUCACCACACCUCCCUACAUCCACUCCAAUCUCGUUUCCGCCGCCGCUGCUGCCGGUAUCAAGUACAUUAUGCCCAAUGCCUACGGCUUCAACUUCAACUCCGCCGCUUUGCAACAAGACAUCCCCGUCGCAAGCAUGGCCCAAAACCACUUCUCCCAAAUUGAGGCAUUGGGAAUGCAGCACUUUUCUCUGGUCUGCAGUUUUUGGUACGAGUGGAGUUUGGGUCUUGGUCAGUUGUACGGCAUCGACAUUGAAGAAAAAACAGCAACGUUNUUUGAUGAUGGAAAGACUGUCAUCAACACCAGUACUUGGUUGCAAUGCGGUAAAGCUGUUGCAAAGAUACUUUCUUUGCCGCUGGAGGAGCUGCAAAAGUAUGCGAAUAGCAGUUUUUAUGUGAGCAGUUUCCGUGUCUCGCAGAGNGAGAUGCUGGACUCUGUGCAUAGAGUCUUGGGCACAAGCGACAAGGACUGGAAGAUCAGCUACGAAACCACCAAGCACAGAUAUGAGAAAGGAAACCAGGAUGCGGCGAAUGGAAACCCUAUGGGAUAUGCCNNCAAGGUAAGUCCAAUGUACGCAAGAGUCUUCUUCCCAGAUGGCAGUGGCGACUACGAAUCCAGCAGAGGAUUAGACAACGAGGUCCUAGGGUUGCAGCAAGAAGACUUGGACGAAGCGACAAGAAGGACUGUCGAAAUGGUGCAGAGUGGAUGGAAUCCUUAUGGUCCUCAGUAG